AAGAUCCCAGUUUUUAAUAGACUACCAGCAAGCUUGUGGACACAAGAAUAAAACUUGAAGGCUUGAUAGGGUUCUGAUAUUAUAGAAGAUGGACGAACGAUCAAUAUUAAAAAAUGAACGAACGACCAACAACGAUCACUUGUUUCGGAGUAAUUCUCCUGUUGAAGGAGAGAAUGAAGAUGAAAAACUGAUGAUUAGUUCAACAUAAUUUUCAUGUACCUUGCGUACAUGGAAUGUAAUGAAGAAGAUGCUGUGUUUUGUUCUCCUUGGGCUUGGUAACCUCCUAGGAAAGGCUUCGGCGGUUGCGCACUUUUUCGAUUCGUGGCUGUCUGCAGCAUCGCAAACGCAAGAGUUGACCAUUGCCAAGAUUAAGACGAGUAUCCGCAACACAAAAGUACACGAUUUUGACCACCAAGAGGCAUAGAAUUUUUGUGAAGCAGGUAGAUUUGUAGCUUUUGUGGUACUUCCAAGCACAGCUCCUAACAAAAGCCGCAUCUCAUCGGAAGUUAUACACCGGUCGCGAAGUUAGCUUCUCGAAUAUUAAAAAUGAUCUAGUCUGCUCCUACUUCUAACAAGUAGGAGAUGCGGCUUUUGUUAGAAGUAUCUAAGAUUAUCUAGUCGCAUUUUCCAACAAUAGCUUCGGUCCCUGACUGAUUGAUGUAUCCCCUGAUCAGGCUGAACGCAUUACGUCGUUGUUGAAUCUGUUUCGUCUUGCUGGUAGUCUAGAAUGACUAUUUGAGACGCGAAUAGUCAAUUUAUGUAUCUAGUCGCAUUUUCUAACAAAAGCCGCAUCUCAUCGGAGAUUACGCCAUCGUUGGACCCUUGUGUUGAGGCCAAGAUUCAGACUAAGGUGCUGUCUGGAUUCGUCGAUCGGGAAGCCAAGUUGUUGGAAACUUAUCUUAAGAAGGCUGGUGUAGUUUUUCGAGGAGAUAAGCGAACAGCUUUUUAGAGGACUUCACUCUAAUCCGGACCAGGUGAACGGACAAGAACUCGAAAGAGCCAUGUCCUCAAGGAUAAAAAGAAUGACACUACUGACACUUCUCAUGCGCUACAAUUAUUGUACUUACUUACUCCUCGGCUACAAUGAACAUUGUACUUUUUACCUACUCGUCGAUUGUACUUACACUUCUGAUCUAACUAUCGCAGCGUAGCAAGCGAGUGUAUGUCGCCGACGGCCGCGUAUGCUCCAGAGUGUGUCGCUCAACUGGAGGGAGAAGAAGCGCACCAAUCACGCAGUCCACUCAUCUGGUUGGCUAAUUGUAGUGAAAAUUAUGGUGCUGUGAGUUUAUGAGAACUAAGUUGUCGGAGACUGUGGCGACUAGACAUACCCUAGUCGAUUGCAAUGACGACCAUAGCGCAACACACACAGAGCACAAAGAAAUCCAACGGGAUCGCACGCGUCGCCCGGUGUGCAUCGAAACGCGCAAAAACUAAGUUCUCUCGUCAGUGGUGGAAGAUGCCCACCGGAGACGUGUGGCGAUGACUACGAAUUCCCGAUAAUAGUUCAUAUCGCUCCUGUCGAUCUUCAAGAUUCACUUCUGAUAUAGUCAUUGUUUCGACUAAGUCUAAGAGCAUGGCCAGCUAGGGAUGAAGUUAUAAAUUUGUUGAAUCCUCGUCUUUUUUUCGCUCACGUUCUUGGUUUCCGUACAGAUAGAUUGUUCGAGACUCGAUGUCCUCGAUGAUUUCAUAUGUCGACCAAGACCAAGACUAGCGACCAAGAUCCCAGCGCGAACGUCUCCGUGGAGCCUGCUGCGGCCUGUGCUUUUGCACAAGCUAAAGUGCGGAGACAUGCCAAUUACUCUGCCGCAUUCCGAGAGGUGAGCUACUUGAUGCGUCAAAGUUUAAGGCCAACUACGACUGCUUUUCUUUGAGGAAAAGAACAUUUUCUCAGGGUGCUUGUGCGUGUUUCCUUCCUAUCCUCGAGAGCACCUCUAAAGACUGCAGAAAACUGUCACGCUGCGCCGUUGCAGUGCAUUAAGGGCCUUCCCCUCUGCAUGGACCAAACAAGCAUAAUGUAAUGUUUUUCUCCUCACAUAGUUUUCUGCAUGGUGGUGUUAGUAGUUGAACUACUCAUUUUUACAGCAAGCUCUGGAUAUUGUAAUUUGAGAGCAUCUCUAGUAAUCUAUCAUGAGAUUCGUUAAGACAGCGAACUUCACUCCACUACGUAUUGGUCUUUACACAUUCUACAUUCAUAAAGUACAAAACAGGUAUUGCUUCAAACAGUGUCUGCAGAACGGAAAUUACGACCAUAUCAAGGAUUCCUUCACCCUGCUGGCGGCGCUAGAGCAAAAUGGAAACGUGCGGCUCUUGAAUAGAUAGACUUACACUUCUUCAGACUCCGUUACAGCAUCGAUAGAAGUUACCCUUUCAUUCAGUUGUACUUACAAAGAAAAUAUGGAGCUGAGAACAAAUGUUCAGAAUCAGAAAUGUAACCGGUAAUUGUUUUUUCCUCGAGAUGCAUAGUCCUUCCAUUUUACCAUCUUCAUGAUAGUUGUAAAAUCAUAUGAGGGAGACAACUUGGAUUCGGAGCUAGAAGAAUUUCAAGCUUCCUCGUAGUAGUGAAGGGUUCACUACCUGAGCUCAUUGAUUGAGGCUUACGAUGAGCGUUUUUACGAUAAAACAGGUGGAAGAGUGAGACGCAACAUUUUUUAGUACGGAGAAUCAAUGCCCGAAAAUGUGAGGGUGAGAGAGGUUGAGACGAGCAAAGAAAACUACACGCUUG